AUGGCCUACAACAAGAGUUACAACCCCGAUGCGCUGCCAGCGCAUGCUGAGCCAGAACAGGUCGCGCAGAUGAUCGGGUCCAUGCAAAUGGGAGGGAGACCAGCAGCAGCACAGAAACCACUACCAACUCGUCCACCAGUUCAGAGCGUCCCUAGCGGAGGCGUGCCCCCUCGCGUACCCGUCUCCAGCGCUCCCCCGCAGCACAAUCCGUAUAGCUCGCCUGCCCCGCGCCCAGAGCUCCAGGCACCACAAUCCUACAACGGUCGCCCUUCACCCGGAGCUGUCCAACCAAACCAAUAUACCCCAUCAGGUCAACCCAGGCCGCAUCCUUUGCACCCCUCACCACCACCCCAAAAUUAUGGUUUUGGUCCGCCUCCAUCGCAAGCAAACCGCCCCCGACCCCCACCUUCAUCUCGUCCUCCUCAAUCACCCGCUCCCCCACCACUGGCAGUCCCUAGCGAUGAUCCUCAACAGCUAUAUCCCCUCUUCCGUGCGGCGAACUCGUCACACUCCGGUUCCUUGACCGAGCAUGAGCUCGGCUCUGCUCUCGUGAACGGAGACUACACCUCCUUCCACCCGCGCACCGUCAAGAUGAUGAUUCGCAUGUUCGACCGUGAAGGCAACGGCAUCAUCAGCUUUGACGAAUUCGUUUCUCUGUGGCGGUAUCUCGCUGCUUGGCGGGAACUGUUUGAUCGGUUUGACGAAGAUCGCAGCGGGCGCAUUAGCCUACCGGAGUUUGAGAAGGCGCUGGUCGCGUUUGGAUACCGUCUAAGCCCAAAGUUUAUUUCCGUACUCUUCUCGAUCUUUGAGAGCAAGACGCGACAGCUGAAUGCGGCGCCGCGGAGCCCUCAGCAUCAUGGUAUGAGCUUCGAUCUCUUCGUGCAGGCGUGUAUCAGCUUGAAGCGCAUGACGGAUGUGUUCAAGCGCUACGAUGACGACCGCGACGGUUACAUUACCGUGAGCUUUGAGGAAUUCUUGACUGAAAUUCUUCAACUCCAGGAUUAA